UUUUUUUCUCUCACUUUUGCACAAACCACACGCUUCACUUCAUUUUUGCAGAUGAUUCAGCAAAUGGGUUAUGUUUGUUUUCUGAGAAUUUUGAUGGGAAGAUCUUUAUUAGCUAUAUAAUUGUUUGUAAACAUGCAUUAUUGGUGGUUUGAGUUGUUCCGUUUGAGCAUUUUUCCUCCUUACAUCCCAGAUGAUGUCCAGAAGUGGGGCAAAGCAAUGGAAUAGACUAUUUCCCAGUUCUUUGAGAGGAUUGGGGACAAAUUUAUCGUUUUCAGCUGUUUCUCAAAGGAGAGGAAUUGGGUGUAUUGCUUCAGGUGCAACAGGAACGAAUGGUGGUGUUGCAGAGUUAUCUGAAGCUGAUACCGAGUCACGGCUUUAUUCUUGGCCGGAUAAUAAGAAGCCAAGGGUAUGUAUACUGGGUGGAGGAUUUGGAGGGCUAUAUACUGCUUUAAGACUAGAGUCCCUCGUAUGGCCUGAUGAUAAAAAACCUCAGGUGCUUCUUGUUGAUCAGUCUGAACAUUUUGUUUUUAAGCCAAUGCUGUAUGAGCUUCUAUCUGGAGAAGUAGAUGCAUGGGAGAUAGCUCCUCGUUUCUCAGAUUUGCUGGCAAAUACCAGUGUGUUGUUUUUCCAAGACAUGGUCAAAUGUGUGAGACCCUCUGAUCAUUUAGGAUUAAAUGGACCUUCAAAAUAUAGUUGUGGGGGAACUGUGCAUCUUGAAAGUGGUCUUCUUAUCGAAUAUGACUGGCUGGUUCUUGCUUUGGGAGCUGAAGCUAAACUUGAUGUUGUACCAGGAGCAGCAGAGUAUGCAUUGCCAUUCUCCACUUUAGAAGAUGCACGUAAGGUUGACUUUUGGUUAAAAACACUGGAGAGAAGGAACUUUGGUCAGGACUCUCUGAUUCAUGUGGCUCUUGUUGGUUGCGGUUAUUCUGGAGUUGAGUUGGCAGCCACAAUAUCUGAGAGAUUACAGGAUAGAGGGGUGGUACAUGCUAUCAAUGUGGAAACCACAAUCUGUCCAACAGCACCACCUGGAAAUAGGGAAGCUGCACUUAAAGUACUGUCAUCCAGGAAAGUUCAACUUCUAUUGGGUUACUUUGUCCGCUCUAUAACCAAAGUGGGCGAUGCUGAAGCUUCAGAAAAGUCAACAGAGACUGGAGCAGUUCAGGGAGCUAUAGAACAAGAUGUUCAGAAAUAUGUAUUGGAACUUCAGCCUGCUGAGAGAGGAUUACAGAGUAAAACCCUAGAAGCAGAUCUAGUAUUGUGGACUGUUGGCUCUAAACCUCUUCUUCCUCAGCUGGAGCCUCGUGACCGGCCUUAUGAUAUUCCCCUAAAUGCUCGAGGACAAGCAGAAACGGAUGAAACUCUUCGUGUGAAGGGCCAUCCACGUAUAUUUGCACUUGGUGAUUCUUCUUCUUUAAGGGACUCAAGUGGAAGGCUUCUUCCUGCCACUGCACAGGUUGCUUUUCAACAAGCAGACUUUGCUGGCUGGAAUUUGUGGGCUGCAAUCAAUGGCCGUCCUCUUUUGCCAUUUAGGUUUCAAAAUUUGGGUGAGAUGAUGACUUUGGGGAGAAAUGAUGCUGCUGUUACUCCAAGUUUUAUUGAUGGGCUAACCAUAGAAGGUCCUAUUGGUCAUACUGCAAGGAAAAUAGCUUACUUGAUUAGAUUACCAACUGAUGAGCAUAGGCUUAGAGUGGGGAUCAGCUGGCUUACAAAGACUGCGGUAGAUUCAGUUGCAUCCAUACAAAGUACUUUAACAAAGGUUCUUUCCGGGUCAUAGGUAGUUGCUAAAAUAUAGAACGACUAUGAUUUUCCUUUGUACAGUAUUGAUUUGUUGGCAAUCUUGCUACAUGAUCCAUGGAAUGCGAACAACGGUUAGUUUACUUCUAAAAUGUUGAUAAUUGAAACCCCAUUUUUCACUUAGGAGAGCAUCAUUUCAGAGAAAUAGUUAAACAGGGUAAAUACAAUGGAUGGGUGUAUCUAUUUUGUUACAGCAAUAUGAGUAAUGCUUUUUUCUUUA